CUAUACAUCGCCACCGCCGCCGUGCAGCUUUGUCGCUUACCAACUUAACAAAAUCCACCACCGUGUUUCUUCCUAUCACAGUCUCCAGAUCUCGGAUAACUUCUUGCCGAUUCAGCCAGUCAGACAUUACGCGGCCACAAUAUGAUGAUGAAUUGAGUAAGGAGGCAAAAGAAGACAAACAAAAACCACAAAAGCAAGGAGGAGCAAAUGGCAUAUUUUGGAUCAUACUUAUCAAUCUUGGCAUAUAUGUGGCUGAUCACUUCUUUCAGGUUCGCGGGAUCAAAUCUUUAUAUUUGUAUCACAAUUUUCCGGCAUGGUACCAGUUUGUGACUGCAACGUUCUGUCAUGCUAACUGGAAGCAUCUCUCCAGCAAUCUUUUUUUCUUGUACAUCUUUGGAAAGCUUGUUGAAGAAGAAGAAGGAAACUUUGGUUUGUGGCUGUCCUACUUGUUCACUGGUGUUGGAGCUAACCUUGUUUCCUGGUUAGUUUUACCGAGAAAUGCUGUUUCUGUUGGUGCCUCGGGAGCUGUUUUUGGGUUAUUUGCUAUCAGUGUCCUUGUCAAGAUGUCUUGGGAUUGGAGGAAAAUCCUUGAAGUUCUUAUAUUGGGUCAGUUCGUUAUUGAGAGGGUAAUGGAAGCAGCUCAGGCUUCGGCUGGAUUAUCAGGAACUAUAUAUGGUGGCUAUUCUUUACAGACUGUUAAUCACAUUGCUCAUCUCUCUGGUGCUCUCGUUGGCGUUGUCUUAGUUUGGCUUCUCAGCAAAUUUCCUUCGGAACCUGUGGAUCAUCAAGUUAAAAAAUCCCCCCUAAAAUGAGGAGACAACUUUUCUUGUACUUAAGGAAACAUAUACUAUCUCGCCAGUGAAUGCAUGGCAGAUGAAACGAUCGAUAGAUUGACAAAAUAUAUCCUUGUAAAACUGAAGAAUGGGCACUAAACCGGGUUCUCUGUC